AUGGAGGCCUUCCAAACCACGACGAUCAAUGCCCUAAUAGUAGAAAGAUCCGUCCCUGUUGCCAUCCUGCCAGAACAAGAAACACCCGGGGGUUCCCUUUUCUUAAGUAACAUCGAUCGAGUGUCUGCCUUUUACCUGCCAAUGGUAUAUUCUUUCGGCAGGAGCGAUGCCCGCACGGUAGACGUGAUUACGAAAGCUUUGUCCAGAGUUUUGAUUCAUUACUAUCCGCUAGCGGGGAGAUUAGCUAAAAACUCUCAAGGGAAGUUGACCGUUGAUUGCGAGAAGAAGCUAGGAGUGCCAUUUGUGGAGGCAUCGGCCAAUUGUGAUAUCGAAGAUCUGGGUGACAUGCGAUUUCUCGAUUGUAAUGUUCUGCGGAAGCUUGUUUAUAGAGAUUCUACUGAUAAUAUCCAAGAAGUGGCACCCCUUUUAACAGCGCAGGUAACGAAGUUUAGAUGUGAAGGUUUCACUGUAGGAAUCACCUUUAAUCACUGCAUGUUCGAUGGUACCUCGGUAAUGAAUUUUAUGAACUCAUGGGCUGAAAUAGCAAGAGGUAGACCUUUAUCCCUCAUCCCUUGUCACAAUAGAACCAUUCUGAAGUCAAGGGCUCCUCCUCAAAUCACCGGUACUUCUGACAGCUUUGUUCAAGUCAGUGAUGUAUCAGACUUGAAAGCACUGUACGAGGAAGAGCAAAUUGUGUGGAGAUCUUUUCACUUCGACAAUGAGAAGUUGGCGACCCUUAAAAAAAUGGCGACAACCGAUGGACAGAUCAUAAGCAGCUGCUCCAACUUCGAGGCACUUGCAGCCCUAGUGUGGCGGGCUCGAACCAUCGCACUCAAGAUGAAACCGCACCAACUGUUAAAGCUUCUUUUUCCUGUUGAUUUCCGGUCUAAGAUGAAACCGCCGAUGCCCAGAUACAUCGGGAAUGCUGUGGUUGAAGCUUGCUGUCUCUGCACCGCAGGAGAGUUGAUUGAUGAGCCAAUCUCUUUCACCGUGGGGAGAAUACAGGAGGCAAUUGAGAGGGUGAACGAGGACUAUGUGCGGUCGUGGAUAGACUCCCUGGACGUGCAUCAAUUCGACCUUCUCUCAUUGACCUCGCUAGCGUUGGCUUCGUGGCAAAGGUUUGAUUAUGGCUCCACGGACUUUGGAUGGGGAAAGCCAAGGACUUUUGGCACCGGUGACCUGCGGGAGAUGAAACUGCCAAUGCCCAGAUACAUCGGGAAUGCUGUCGUUGAAGCUUGUUGUCUCUGCACUGCAGGGGAGUUGAUUGAUGAGCCAAUCUCUGUCACUGCGGGGAGACUACAGGAGGCAAAUGAGAGGGUGAACAAGGACUACGUGUGGUCGUGGAUAGACUCCUUGGACGUGUAUCAAUUUUUCGACCUUCUCUCAUUGACCUUGCUAGUGUUGGCCUCAUGGCAAAGGUUUGAUUAUGGCUUCACGGACUUUGGAUGGGGAAAGCCAAGGACUUUUGGCACCGGUGACCUGCCGGGAGGUUGUCUAUUCAUGGCGGAUGGGAGUGAGAGGAAGGCCAUUGUGGUGGUGUUUGGUCUGCCACUUUUGGCCAUGGAAACUUUCAAGAAGCUGGUCCAACUUGAGUGA